AUGUCUAGCAACGAGGUCACUCCCUGGCCCGGCACCAGAGGCGCCUUCGUCGGUCGUCGCAGGGGCGUCAUCAGCCUCCACGAUGACCGCUUCCCCGGCUACGACCACGUAGUCCACAACUACCGGAUGUCCCUCGUCCGCAUCAGCAGCAGAUAUCCCGCCGAUCGGGCGCGAGACUACUACGACGGCUACUGGGUGGGCUCCGCGGCUCUCCAUCGAGCGACGGCGAUGCGAGCGCAAUGGAUGAACAUCCAGCUCGGUCCAUCACCAGCGAGAACGAGCGCCUUGUCGAGCGCCAAAGAAGUGCACACAGCAUUCGCGCGGAGACCGACCGCGACGACGACCAGCAUACGCGACGAGGAAGAGAACGAUCCAGCACAGCGACGCGACUAG